AAUACCUCUGAUUUUUCUAUUUUCCACCCAAAAAAAAAAUACCAGAAAAACUAAGAAAAAAGGAAAAAGAAAAGAAGAAGAAGAAGAAGAAAAAAAAGAAAUGGCAUCAACGUUUCUCUCAACUGCGAACUCCUUCCUCUCUUCCUCCUCCUCCUCUUUAUCUUCACUAACAACAACUGUAUUUUUCUGUCCAAAAAAGAACAAUGCCAGGAGACAGCUAAAAUUUUGCAGAACUUUUAGUAAGUCACCAUCGCCACCACCUUCUCCAAAUUUAACCAAAAGAAGCCUCUCUAUUUCCUUCAUCUCCAGCUUUGUCUUCUCAUUGGCUAGCAGGAGCAACUCCAGUAGUGCCAAUGCAGCUAUACUGGAAGCUGAUGAUGAUGAAGAGCUACUGGAGAGAGUGAAGAGAGACAGAAAGAAGAGGAUUGAAAGACAAGGUGUCAUUAGUUCAUCUAACAAGGAAAAAGGAUAUUUACAGGAUCUAGUUUACAAGCUGAGCAAGGUAGGUCAAGCCAUAGAAAACAAUGAUCUAACCACAGCUAGUUCUGUUCUUGGAGGAAGCACCAAUGCAGAUUGGGUCCAAAAGGCCAAUAUAGCUUUCUCCAAGCUGAGUUCUAGUCCUGAGGAGAAGACUCAGGUGGAUACAUUCAAUUCAUCUCUAGCUUCAUUGAUCUCAUCAGUUACUAACAAUGACAUUGAAUCCUCCAAAACUGCUUUUGUGUCGUCUGCCACCGCAUUCGAGAAAUGGACAACCUUGACAGGACUGGUUGGACAGCUCAAAGGGCUUUAGUUAGGCGGCAGGAAUUUUUUUUUUUCCAGUUUCGUGCAUAUUCUUUCUCCUUUCGAACAAUCUGAGUUACAUUCCUUUCACAACCUUGUUUAUAUUGUCUGAUCCUUUGUUGGUUUUCUUUGUGGUCAUGAAUAGUUAAACUGGGGAUCUACAGGUUAACUUGCCACAAGAGUUGUAGUUCUUUGCUCAAUCCUCUUGAGCUUCGGUUACAAUUAAUAAUACUUUUCUUCUUCUGCAAA